AAAAACAAAUUAUCAGCAAAUUUUAUUUUGAGAGACAGAUAGAGAGAGCUGGUCUUCAACCAUGUCUACACCAAAAUUGCUCCUAACCGAUCUGGUCUCCGGUGUCAACCACGUUCCCUCAAACUACAUCAGACCCAUCUCUGACCGGCCAAAUCUCACUCAUGUUCAGUCAUCAGACGGCUCUAUUCCUCUCAUAGACCUUGGUGCCCUCCAUGGUCCUAACCACUCUCAGAUUAUCAAACAGAUUGGCCUAGCUUGCCAAAAUGAAGGUUUCUUUCAGAUUAAAAACCAUGGAAUUCCUGAGACCAUGAUAAGUAACAUAAUGAAGAUAGCUAGAGAAUUUUUCCGGUUGCCGGAGGAGGAGAGGUUGAAAAGUUACUCCGAUGACCCUUCAAAGACUACUAGAUUGUCUACUAGUUUUAAUGUAAAGACAGAAAAAGUCUCGAAUUGGAGGGAUUUCUUGAGACUCCAUUGUUACCCACUUGAAGACUACAUGCAAGAAUGGCCCACAAAUCCUCCUUCUUUCAGGAAGGAAGUGGGUGAGUAUUGCACUAAUGUAAGAGGACUCGUGCUAAGACUGCUUGAAGCCAUAUCUGAGAGCUUAGGCCUUGGGAGAAAUUACAUAAGCAAUCAAUUAGGCAAGCAUGGACAACACAUGGCUAUGAAUUACUAUCCACCAUGUCCACAACCAGAGUUGACUUAUGGAUUGCCAGGCCACACUGAUCCCAAUUUAAUCACGAUUCUUCUUCAAGACGAUGUUCCCGGAUUACAGGUGCUCAUCGAUGGCAAAUGGGUCGCUGUCAAUCCUAUUCCCAACACUUUCAUUAUCAACAUUGGCGAUCAAAUGCAGGUGCUUAGUAAUGAUCGAUACAAGAGUGUGCUGCAUCGAGCCGUAGUGAACAGCAACAAAGAAAGAAUAUCGGUUCCGACGUUUUAUUGCCCGUCUUCAGACGCAGUGAUAGGUCCUGCUAGGGAACUGAUUGAUGGUGAACACCCAGCAAUCUAUAGGAAUUUCACAUACCAGGAAUACUAUGAUAAAUUUUGGAACAGGGGACUCGCAACCAAAUGCUGCUUGGACAUGUUCAGAGCUUCUUCUACCACCUAAUGUUUGUGCAACACUUUGUCAUUUUGAAGAAGCUUCAAGGCACAAUUUUUUUGCGCUACAAUGGCUGAUCUUUCUACUUGUAGAAUUUUGGUGAAAAUUGGGUUAUUGUCAUAUUGAGGUUUGAUUCUUUUAGUAAUGACAUGAAAGAGUGAAUUUUAAUGUCUUGUGAUAAGGUAAUAAUUAUUU